AUGCCCGCCCGACACCGCGGCAAGCGCGGCGAGCGCGUCCGCUCCGCACUUUACCACACGUCGUUUACAAUCUUUGUCCUCAUCCUCGCUGCGCUGCUUAUGGGCUCGGCGUGGGGGUUGGGCGAACAGGCGUGGCGGACAGACCACCAGCGACGAUGGAACUUGUUUGCGAUGGUUGCGGCGUACGCUGGUGUUGUGAUCAUAUCGCUCUUCCACAUCGGGUCGCGCUUGACUUCGGUGCGGCGGUCGUUGAACACCAUGCCCAAACCAUAUAUGCCGACUAAGACGAUGGAUUUGCCCAAAAAAGUCGCCAACCACAUCGCUACAGAAUACUCCCGCACAGCUAUGAUCGCGCAUAUCUCGCAAGCAACAGCCGGAAUGCACGAAGGCUGGGGACGGCCAAAGACGAAGUGGGAGGGUAUCCAUUACCGGACAUCCAUCCUGGACACGUUGCCCGAGAUGCGCGUUCUUCUCCUCGGCGACACACCAAAUCGCCCGAACGACCUGGGCGCUCUCAUCGCCGCUGCCAGCCGCAUCGACCCGUCCCAUCGACAAGGGGAACCCAGUACGCUCGAGCUUUUUGUCGCCAGCUACGUCGAUAUGGUCCAGCGGGCGCGAUACCAGCGCGCCGAGCCGACUGAGAAGGAGGCCAGCGCCGUGGAGAAGGUCGUCGCGUUCGUGCGCAAUUUAAUCGCUGUCAAGCGGCAGAAGGCCGAAGAAGCGCGGAGCGCCAGCGGGUUUCUGAGUAUGCCCACUGUCCACACGGUUCAUGAGGGGCGUGUUGUAGCAUAG